UGCACUAGUGCAGCAGUGCAGCUAAAACGAACAGACCCAUUGCCUGUUGCCUAGCAUUGUGCAAGGGUCUUUACUACCUCCAUUGUCAGACGGUCCUUAAGAAAAAACAAAUAAUGACAAAAGAGGAAAUUUAAACAAAGCGAUUUUAACAUUACAUUGUGAGAAAAUGCCGGUUUAUCAGGAAGCAGAACAAAUCCAAGCACAAACCAUUAUUGUUAUUCAUCCUGGCUCUAUGUAUCUACGUAUGGGUCGUGCUUCUGAUCUAAAGCCUGUUACAUUGUUACACGCAGUAGCAAGGAGACGUUUACCAAGUGGAAUAAAAUACAAGGACAGUUUCCUGCCAUCAGCUGUAAUAUUAACAAAAGAGUUAACACAAGCAAUGGAAGAGUCUCGACUGCAGGUAUCCCAUACUUUACAAUCAUGUUUACAAUCAGAUGGGUGUCGAAGGUAUGCAACUCCACCACAACAAAUAGCAGCUUUCAAUCGCAGAUCUAUCCCAGAAAUCUCUUCCCCGUGUAACAUGAAAUGGACAAAAACUGGUCAUGACAUUGUUGUCGGUGAUGAUAUUUUAUCAUUAGAUCCAGAGGAAGAAUCUAAUUUUAAUAUCCAUUUUCCUUAUAAAAGAGGUGAACUUAAUAUUCAUAUGGGUCCAGGCGGUAGCUUAACAGCCAUUAUGGCAGAUUUAAAAACAAUUUGGGAAUAUGUAUUGACUGAAAAGUUAGAUAUUCCUUUGAGAGACUUGAAACACUAUCGUGCAGUCCUUGUUGUACCUGAUAUUUAUCAUCGAUCUUAUUUAAAAGAAUUGACCACAUUACUGUUGGACGAAAUUGGUUUUGGUCGCUGCAUUCUGUUACAAGAUCAUGUAGGUGCACUAUUUGGUGCGGGUUUAGGUUACGCAUGUGUGGUAGAUGUUGGAGCGCAAAAGAUAUCGGUGUCAUGUGUGGAGGAUGCAAUCUCUCAUAAGGAUACGCGAGUACGUAUGGAUUAUGGCAGUGCAGAUGUUACACAGACAUUUUUCUGGCUCUUACAAAAGUCCGCAUUUCCAUAUAAAUUAUGUGAUCCCAUCAACAAAUUGGAUGCAUUGCUUUUAGAUCAAUUAAAAAUAGAUUUCUGUCAUGUAGAUUUAAAUGUAUGUGGUUCACAAGAGAAAACGUUUGUUAUUAGAAAGCCAAAAAAACAAACAGAAACAUAUACUUUGCAGGUAGGCGAUGAAUGUUUAAUAGCACCUUUGAGCUUAUUUCAACCUGAAUUGUUUAGAAUUACUGGAAUCCAUAAUGUUCACGUUCAAAAAAGAUCAUUAGGUGAUCCAGAAGACCCUUAUGAUGAGAAUUAUUUAAGGGAAACAAGCAGACGUGGAAUGAAAGAAUCUUUAGAUCAUUCGUCAGAAAUACAGGAGGAAACGGCGAAUAUACCUACAAAUGCGGGCGAAGAUGAGGUCGUAGUCGACACGGUCAACGAUAAUGUACCUAGUUUGUCUAAUCGCGAUUUAGAAGCUCCUCGAGAUUUUGUGAUCCCACAACAAUUAUUAGGUCUUGAUCAAGCUAUAUUACAAAGUAUUGAACGAUGUUCCAACGAAGAUUUUAAAAGAAAAAUGUAUAGUUGCGUGCUCGUUGUUGGAUCAGGUUUAAAGUUUAAAGGUAUUGGUACAUGGCUUCGCAAUCGAAUAUCCCUUCAAACACCUUAUAUGUACAGACCUGAACAACUAGAUAUUAUAACUCAGCCAAAGGAUAUGGAUCCUGGCAUGACGACUUGGAAAGGAGCAGGAAUUUUGAGCUGCUUGGAAUCAGCACAGGAAUUAUGGAUUGCUCGAACUGAAUGGCAUCGCUGGGGAGUGAGAAUAUUGAGAGAAAGAUCUCCUUUUUUAUGGUAAAAGAGAUACUUGCUUAUAUAUUUA